AUGUUUGGAGGUGGAAAUGAAAUGAACUUGAAGGCCGAGCAGAGAGACUUGUUGCUUAAUGAGUUGGAUGUUGCUAGAGAACACCUCAGUAAACUACACAAACGUAAUGAGGAGUUGGAAGCAAAAUCAAAAGCUGAUGUGAAGCUUCUUGUUAAAGAGGUUAAAUCUCUUCGUAGUUCUCAGUCAGAAUUAAAGCAGGAACUUGGCCGCCUCAUGAAAGAGAAAAUAGAAGUAGAGCGAACUCUACAGAAAGAAAAACAGAGGGCGGAGUCUGCAAGUGCUGCUAAUUCAAAGCUGCUGCAUGAAUGUGAAAUUCUAAGAAAUCGGCUUCAAGAAUGUAGCGUUAAUUUCCUUAGUGAAGAAGAAGAUAAGUUGAUUGUGGAUACCUCUUCACCGUCUGAUGCAAUAGAUCUACUGAUGACCUCUGACAAUCGAAUUGGCCUUCUUCUUGCAGAGGCCCAACUCCUUGCUCAAGAUGUAGAAAAUGCUGUUGUAAAAAUGGAUGAGACUCGGAAUGCUAAUGAUGGCAAUGGGAGGACCAGUGAUGAUGAAUUGAGGAAGAUGCUGACGGACAUGUUCAUUGACAAUGCAACAUUGAGGAAGCAAGCGAAUUCAGUAAUCCGUUGUGCUUUAAAUAUGUAUGUCCAAGCCGAAGAAACGGAUGAAGAAGAUGAAGAAGAUGAAGAAGUCCCUUUGCGAAAAACAGUUUUAAGCAAAUUUUUAGAGAGAUGAUGGGAAUUAUGGUGACUAUUGAUGGUGGGUCUUUUAUCCUAUUAGAAUUAGCAGCAGCUGCUUGUACAUUUGUGCUGGCAAUAAAUGAGAUUGCCUCUGCUGCAGGAUGGUUCCCUUUCUCGCGUAAGGUGAU